UUCAGACUUAGUUAGUUGAGACUGAACUUUCAUCAUGAAUAGAGCUACACUAGAGGCGCGAUUCUUAAAGAUAACGAAAAUAUUCGCGAAACUGAAUGGGGUUUGGCCAGAUCAAAAUAAAGUAAAAUUCAUUUUAUGGGCUAUGGUGUAUAUUACUAUGGGAUCGUCUAUCAUUGUACAGGUAGCGAGAGUCAUACAUAUAGGCAGUUUGGAAGUCGUAAUAGAGCAGUCGUCCUUAAUAGGUGCGGGAUUUCUCAUGAUCAUAAAACAUGGUAACUAUGUUCUGAACGCAAAGAAGCUCAAGUCCCUUUUGAAUGACAUGUCCGAGGACUGGGCAAUCGAUCGUUUGGAAGAAGAAUUUGCCAUUAUGGCCACAUACGCUAAUAGAGGAAGCAUUCUUGCGAUGUUCUACUUUGUAAACGCGUGCAUAUGUGCAUUCCUUUUCUUACAAUUACCAUGGACGGCGCGUCUGGUGCACAUGAUGAAACCACACAAUACAUCAUCACCAAUGUUAUACACUAUACCAGCUUACUAUUUCGUCGAAGAUGACCGCAAAUAUUACUAUUAUAUUCAAAUGUAUCUGGGCCUCUCUAUAUAUGUGGUGCUCAUCGUGUUCAUCGGUUGCGAUACUUGUUACAUGGUCCUUGUGCAGCAUGCUUGCGGAUUGUUGAUUGUGACGGGAUACCGCUACAAAAAUGCAAUCAACGACCUUUCUUUCAAUACAAAGGAUUCCGAAAAGAAGGCGAAGGAGACAUAUGAAAGAGUACGCUUCUCCAUACAGGCGCACCAGCGGGCAAUAAUGUUUCUGGAAAAAAUCGAGAGCACACACGUUACAUACCUUUUUAUGUGUAUGGGCAUAGUAGUCUUGUGCGUUAGUAUUACAAUGGCACAGAUCGCUACGAUGGAAAUAUGUGUGGAUUUUUACAAAUUUAUCAGCUUUCUGGUGAUUCAGUUCUUGCAUCUAUUCUGUCUAACGAUGCAGGGACAGUUCAUCAUAAAUUCGUCUGAUGAGAUUUAUGAUGCAAUAUACGAGGCAUCAUGGUACAACACGAAUCCAAAAACGCAAGCGUUAUACUUAUUAGCGUUGCGGCGAAGUCUAACUCCAUGCUAUUUAACUGCUGGCGGUUUAAUACGGUUGAACAUGGAAAGCUUUUCAGAAGUGAUAAAACUGUGCGUUUCAUAUUAUACAGUGUUGAGAUCAACAUGAACAACGGAUCGAUAUUCAGUGAUUUGUGAUGACUCCUUUACGUUAAAUUAAUCACACUAGAUACGUUAUUUGGAAUGAUCGUUUUAUCAAUAUUAUUACAAUUGAUGGUGUAAAAUAACUUGAUAAAACUGUCCUAAUAUUAUCUCAAUUCAUAAUACAGAUACGAGUAUUAUCGAAAUCAGCAAUUAGUAAAUAACAGUUUCGUUUCUGCUUACAGAAACAAAUAAAAAUAUUUG